GGUAUGAUGGUACAGUGUGAAACAGCCACACAACAUGCUGUUCUAGAAGUUGGCAGAACUUCAGUAGCUGUCACAGCGGUGACUAUCCUAGAAAACGGAUCCGUAAUAGCUGCAUACUCUUCUUUCCUGGAAAACCUUGACACAAAACAGCGACUGAAAGUGUUCAAGCACCAGGCUGUACAUUCUAUUAACGUGAGUAAUUCUUCUCUUCUAGUGUGUGGGGGUCGUAGCAUUUGUAUUGUUGAUCUGUCAUGUGAGAAUCAAAUGAGCAUAUCUUGUCCUGAACGCCGCUUGAAAGACUGGAUUAUUUCAGCUGCCUGGAUGAGUGAGACAAUCAUAGCUGUUCUAUUCUCCUACAAUAGCGUAGCUAUACUAGACACUUCUUUAACAAGUACGAAGACCGUACAAUGUGAUAGCUGUUGCAUUAUUUAUGGAGGUUGUUUAGUAGUUGAAGAGGGUGUGUUAGUUUGUUGUUCCGGUACAGUAUUUAACAAGCCAUUGUUGUGGAAACCUCUGCUUGAAUCUAAAGUAGUCAUGGCAUACGAAGGUCACGGUGGCGUUAUUUUCGACAUCAAGCUUUCAGAGAGCAGACUGUAUACUGUAUCCGACGAUAGAACACUUAUCAUUUGGAAUCGUUCCUCAGGAGAGAUAGAACACAGGUUAUACGGACAUACAGCUAGAGUUUUGAAGGUUGUUCUGAUGCCGUGGUGUGACGGAGUAGUGUCAGUAGGUGAAGAUAAUCAGUGUAUUGUGUGGUCAGGGGGUACUGGGGAGAAGGUGCACUGCCUCACCCCGCACACCGGUCAGGGCAUCAGAAGCGUCCAUUGCAACAACAGCACUAUAGUUACUGGAGGCUGGGAUUCCACUGUUGUCUCUUACACGUUGUCCAGUAGAGAAUCUGUCUGUAAAGAGGAGGAGUUUAUCUCUUGUCUAGCUGAGGAUCCCCCCAAGUGGGUAUCCUGGACUGGGGAUGGUAAACUUAUAGUACAAGUUGCAAGUGGUGAGCUGAGACUGUAUGACGGUUCUCUUGAUAGUUUUGAGGUUGUGAUGUCAGAGGAGGACUCAAGAUUUAAAGGGUAUUCUAAACAUUGUAAGGUAGGAGAUGUGCUGGUAAUAGGAGGAAUAAGAGGAAGUAUCAGUUUGUUAGAUUGUAAGAGUUUGAAUUGCAGAUCUGUGAAUUGUGAUGAGGAGAGCAAGAUCUUCUCUUUAACUGCAGUUUCUUGUGAAGAUACGAAUUUGUUUAUAUCCUGUCAAGGAGCUGGAUAUCUUACUCUCUGGAAGAUAAACGAGAACUUGUCUGCUGAGCCAUUCAAUAAUUUCACUCUUCCUAAAUGUAAAAACAGAUGGCUCACAUCAGCUUGUUUUGAAGAGUCUGGAAAGUACCUGGUACUUGGUGACCGGAAGGGAGGGAUACAUUUGUAUUGUUUUGCUGAGAAUAUUUCAAAAUCCCACGACGCUAAAGAUCCUUUAUGCAGCUUUGCAGGUCUACACGGUGACAAUGGUAUCAGCCAGAUAACCUCCCAAAAUAAGUUAGUUGUUAGUGUUGGUAGAGAUGGAAAUGUUCGGUAUUUCAAAAUCAAAGAGGGACGUUUGGUUAUUGUUAAGAAAUAUAAGCCUAUUUCAAGUGUUUGUUGGAUAGAAAAGUUGGAGCAAAGAGACAGUUUAACAAUGAUGUACUACUUCCAUGGGCAGCAUUUUGAAGUGAAAGUUUUAGAGUCCGGUGUAACAAUAUGUUCUGUUGAAUGUGGAGGAGGACAUCGAAGUUGGGACGUUAUUAUCGAGGAGAGUUCUGCUCACUUUGCUUACAUCAACAACUCAAAAUUGAAGACAGUAAAACAACAAAUAACUUCGAACCAGUUUAAACGAUACGGUACUAAGAGUCACGGUUCCGAGAUCCACUCAGCGGUGUAUUACAAGGAUCUGAUAGUGACUGCAGGAGAGGACUGCACCCUGAUAGCACACUCUACGGAGACUGCAGUCCAGGUCUCCGGCCACAUCUCUAGUGUUCAGGCAAUUUGUGUUACAAACAGCGGUAUCCUGUUCAGUGCUGGUGGACGGGGCUCACUGAAAGCCUGGCACAUUCCUGAGGGUAGAACUGAUCUUGAGCUGGUAUCUGACUACACGGUCGUCUCUAAAACUCACAUCCCAGUGGGCUACAACUCCAGCUACAGGUUCGACCAGAGAAACUCAGAUAACGACCAGAGAGUCCUCUCUCUGGACUGUUGUGAAUCACGUGAUCCUCAGUUUUCGUGUUUUGUGGCGUGUGGACUAUCUAACGGUGAAGUGUACCUCCUCGGUUACACUCUCUCUAACAAGUUUGUCAGACUCCUGUCAGAUUAUCAGACCAAUUGUAUUACCCGGGUUAAAUUGACAGAAACUUCCUCGGAAACCGGGACACUUUUGUUGUUGUCAGCGACAACAUUCGGCAUGGUACACGGACUGAACAUAUGUGGGAGCGCUAUAGAUAGUAGAUUUAGUUAUCACCUGCAUUCCUCUGGUAUCAACGGACUGGACCUAAGAUUAGGGCCCUCUGCACAAGUUUUAACGAUAGGUGAUGAUGGUGAUGUAAUAAGGUCCACCUUAUCAGUAACCCGUCUGGACUCCAUUAACCCCGUAGCCAGACGUACCACUCAUUUUUCUGCCGGCAUUGCUGUUAGGUUUUUAAACACUGAUAGAGUUAUUACUGUCGGAAGCGACCAAAGACUCUUCAUCCUAGACCUAGAUUUAACUGCAGUGUACUGUUGCUAUGUGGACGUGCCAGAUCCCCAUGAUCUGGUCCUCUCAUAUUCAACUAGUCGGGGAGAUAUUGCUGUCCUGGUGUGUGGUAAAGGGUAUCAAGAGUUUACCACGUCUGGUUCCCUCCUGCCCGUUUAGUGAAUUUGUCGCUAUUUAUAGAGAGAGACGGAUAAGAUUGCGGUGCUGAUAGUUCAUGUUCUGAAAUAGCAUCUGCAAAACGGGCUAACUUAUAUUUGGUCUGGAGAUGUGAUCGGAAUUAUAUCUGCCACCUCAUGUGCUUUUAGAG